UCCCACCACCCAACUCUUUGAGUUAUAUCCAAAAUAAUUGACAGGUUUAACGACAAAAAAAAAAAUCCGAAAUAAUUGAGUGGCAGUGACACUCACGUUCUUGGCAUUGAUCAUGGAAAUUAAGGUGGACUUCGUUAAUUAGUGUAGGAAUUGGCAUGAUUUAUUAAGAUAGUAAUUCCGCGUGUAUCGUUUAAUUUUAUUUCUUUUUUAUCUUAUUAUAUUAAGCUAUUGAAAUAAACUAAUUGUUGACAAUAUAUCAACGUGACUAGCUAGCUAGCUAGUCAAGUAUGUCCGUUGUCUCUAGCUGUAAGAGACUUUGAACAAUUUAUGGUCAAUAUGCAUGCCUAUGCUACACAUACAAAUCGAUGAUAAUUAUAUUGCAGUUUAUAAUUAAUCAGAUCGAUCAUUAAUUACACACAUUUAAAUUAAGUGUAUGUUAUAGUUAUUUGCAUGGUCAAUAUGGCCUGGAGUUGGUUACAUAAGUGAGUUAGAACUUAGAAGAGAGGCGCGCAGUGCGUGGUGUGCAUUUAUAAGGGGUGGCCGUUCGGUUACCGGUUACCGGUUAACCGGCCGGUUAUCCACUAAUCGGUAAUCAAAGUAAUUGAACUUCGGUCGGUUAUCGGAGGGUGGACGAAAUGAUUUUUGGUCUUAAAAGUGAUUCGGUCAACCGAUAAUCGAGAUAACCGAGAAAUCGAAGCCUAUUUCGAUCGGUGUUCGGUAGGGAAGGGAUGGUGGUUAUUUCGGUUAACCGAUAACCGACCGAUCGGUUACCGGUUAUAACCGAAAUAACCGAACUGCCAUCCAUGACCAUUUAUUUAUAUGGGUAGUAAUUAGCUAGCAAGUUGGGCAAAGUCGUCCACUGCUGGCUAGCUAGGGUUUUUAUGGUUAGUCGAUAAUGCACAUGAUGAUCUAGCUAGCUUGUCCCCAUAAAUAUACCUCUCCCUCCCUUUGGCUUUGAACAAGAAACCAGUCUCUGGCUGCCAAUAUUCACUACUCUGCUCUGCCGCCCCAUUCUUCUUCCUCCCUCCCGUCCCAACAAUUGAUGUAUUACUGACAGAGACAGUUCAUAACGAACGUACAGUCUGGGGAUGACCAGUUUUUACACCUUCUUAAUUAUGAUAAGGUUUCUUUCAAUAAUAAGCUGCAUAUACAUUAUAAGUGAAACCGGUCCGAUUUAGCAAGUGGUAUAUGAUAUAAUUGGGGUACCGUUUUCUUUAGGGACCCAAAAAAUUGACCACUGUGGUCUGUCUCACUCUUUUCUCGCGGUUUCAAAUCUUCAAUAGAUUUGUUUACCGAUUUCGACCACCGCUUUCAUACUGGUGAUCUAUCAUCAGUCGAUUUUCGUCCAAUACGCGCGACUGAAUCUGUACAUGUACUGGCCGACGACGUCAUACAGUUUGACAAGACUGUGAUAUACGGUUUGGUUGUGAUGAACAUGCAUGUUAGUUAUUCCAUGGUCAGCUCAACUCCAACAACAGGUAGCCAUGAAAGCAUAUGCAGAGAGGAUGGGGACAGUAGGGAAGUCGGCCUGCAGUUUGAUGGUUGUAAGGUGGUAAGUAGUAAUUAUAACGCGCGCCCAGAGAGUGAGUGCAUGGCAUUGCCGUUGGCAUAUGGCCUCCCAUCAUCUCAUCAACUGUCGCUUCCAACACAGUUGCGAGACUGCAGGGGCGGAGCUACACCAUGUCUCGGGGGCCCCGACCCCCCCGAGAAUCUCGAAAGUCACGUAUAAAUAAGUCGGGAUCGUGUGUACAAACUAUAAUUUUUAUAUAAAACAUAAAUCGUGCAAACUUAAGACAUAAAGUUUCUUAUAACCCAGAGAAGAUGAACUAUUUUAUCACCCAAAGGUCUUGGGUUAGAUGCCAAAGGGAAGCAUUUUACACCUUUUCACUAGGUUAAUUGUUUUUUUGGUUAAGGGAAGCCGUUUACAGCUUUCCCCUAUGUUAAUUACUUUUAUGGUAGUUUACAUAAACUACAACUUCUCCUUCCUUUUGUUUUAUAGUAAGCGGGUAUUAGAUACUUUAGUCAUUAACUUUGUAAUUUUUAUUUCCUUUUUUAAAUUGUAGUUUACAUCAAUUAAUUACCGCUUUUGCUUCUUGAAAUACAUUAUUUUUUCUUUUUCUAAUUUAUAGUAAAUAUAAUGUGAAAAAUAUUUUAUAUGGUUAUAAUAAAACAAAAUUAGUAUAAAAAAUAGAUUUUUAAACCUAAAUAUUUUAAUUAUUAGUAUUUUUUAUAGUCUUUUGCGGUAAUGUAUUAUGAAAUCCGGCCCCCAGCACUAAAUGCUAGCUCAGCCCCUGUGCGAGAGGGCAGGCUAACGUUUUAUCGACUACUAUAUUUUGCCAAUUCAUUACAAAAUUUACAUUAUGGUUCUUUCCUUGAUUUAAUUUGCGCAAAAUCAAUGGUGGCUAACAGAUGUUACAAUUUUUCCUAAGUGGGUUUGGGAUUGGGUUUGUUCAGGUAGUAGUGAAAGACAGGAGUUGGAAGAGGGAUGGUUUCCUUAAUGUAGACGAAAUUAAUCAGCUGAUUCCUUAAUUCGAGAGUAAUCAACUAAUUAUAUUGGUCAAAUUUUAGGAUGGUUAAUAUGGAAUCAGCUCGAUAGGCUGGAGUGCACGGUUUCGCCCUGGUCUCCAAAGUCCAAACUGAAAGGUUAUAUAUAUCAUGGGCUUUCCAGGGUUAGGUCACUUAAUAUGGGCCAAGGCUAAUUGUUGAAUGUGGAUUGGGUCCAACCGUCCAUGGAAUAGGGUUUCCUUGGUGUGUUCAUGACCAGUUUCGAAGCCCAGCCCAGAAGUCAGAAUCCUAACAUAAAUUAAGAAGGAUCCAUGAAAAUGUGUUUAAUUCUAAAUUUCCAGCAUUUUUGAGUGAAUUUAAGAAGGAUGUUUUUCUCAUCUUAAUUAAUAAAAUACCAUUCAUAAAUUAUACUAAUGGAAAAAAAGAUGUCGUUGGAAACUUUUAUAAAACCAAUUAUUAUAUUGAUAACUUUCUUUUUAUUAUAAGGUUUUGUAGUGGGUAUCUAUAUGUGAUUUAGUUUAUUUAUUUAAUUUCUUUUAUUAUAAGAUUGAGUGUUUGAGGCAAACUCUUAUAUAUGUGACUUUUCUAAUUAACUAAUUCUUAAUUAAAUUACUAAAUAAAUCAAAUACUUUCAAUUAUUAAUUUGGAUUUGAGGUUUUUCAUAAAAAAAUACAAAAUAGAAAAGUUCAACGCGUUAAUGAGAAUCGAUAAUAGUGAGAAGGUUUAUGAAUGUAAUUUUUAAUGAUUGUUUAAUUAAUUAAUUGUUUAUUUCAAUUCUUCUUUUAGGUAUUGAUUUGUCUCUUGUCGUGAUAAAAUAUAGAUUACAAUCUCUAUAUAGAGACUAGACGUUCAAAGUUUAAAAUCAGUAGCUAGAUAAUUUCUUUCGCAAGUUCUUUUUCUCGGAAAUGAUAAUAAAAAAAAAUUAUAAGA